AAUACCUUUCACUUGUUUCCCACACUCUGUUUCCCGGGCUGUGUCUAUAUAUCUGCACCUGAUUUCCCUUAGGCCGGCCCUAGCCUAUUGUUGAUCCUUUGCAUUUGCGCAUGCGCACAUAGCCCCCGCCCCCAUACUACAGAUGGUGUCUUCAUCAUAAUAAUAUCCAGCGAUCAUGACGGCGAGACUUCUCAAGCAGAUCCAGCGGGCCAAGUCCGCCGAAAAAGUCCAGAAGUUUCUAAAGGAGCUGCCAGACCACAACGAGGCCAAUGAAAAUGGAGACACUCUGCUGCAUGCAUUUGUUCGACGGAGAGAUAAGUACAGUCAGGAUUGCUUGUUGGCUCUCCUGGUCUACGGACAGUGUGACGUGGACGGGGGUAAUCACCAGGGGUUUACCCCUCUCCACAUUGCUGCAGAGUUGAAUGACCUGCCAGCAGCCAAAGCACUGGUGGCCUUUGGUUGCGAGGUAAACAGUCUGAAUCCCGACGACGAGACUCCUCUGGACAUAGCCAGACGCUGCUAUCCUGAUGGAGACAUUGUCACUCUUCUCGUCAGUGUCGGAGGACAGACAGCACAUGAUCAGCCCCACCCUUUUCACGGAGCAGAGCAGAGAAUCGGUGUGUAAAGGAGAGGGAGAUGUGCUCAAAGCAGACAGAAAGCUGUCUUGUGGAAAAAGAAAAUCAAGAUAUUAGUUAUGUUGAUCAACAUUUUGUGUACAGAUCAUGUUUUGCGGGAUACAUUUCCUACAUGAAAUGCUGUUAAACUUGUUGAAAAUCAACAGAAAAAAACAAGGUUUCAUAUCAUGUUUUCAUGUUACUUUUGUUAGCUCACGAGGUUCAUAUGAGAAAUCAGGAACCUCGUACUAACAAAUCUGAUUGGUCGAUUC